AGUAGAGACACACAUGAAGGGUGUUAUAAGACAAAACAGAUCAUAAAAAUAAAUAAAUAAUAAAACUUUUUUUCCCCCAGAUUUAUCAUUAAUUUUGCAUUACAUGUACUCAGAAGACAUGUAGGUUCACUGGUUGUGACAAAGCAGACUCAGAAACUGGAGAAGGAUCCAUAUGCAGACUUAACAGAAGAAUGGGCAGUCCAAAACUUGUGGUCAAAAGGUGGAGCAAAAAGGUCAAAACAGAUCACUGAGCAGUACCCACAGCUGUGGUAAUCGAACACAAUCAUCAUGGCUUACAGGUUAAAUGAUGCAUCAUCACCUUUAAAUGAUUUAAUCAAGAAAAGUCAGAUGCUCCAUCCAGGUCCUCCAGUACGUUACUGUCUUUACACAACAAGAAGUGAUUUAGAGAAGGAUGGCAAGAUUAGAAAGUGGACAUUUGGACAGAAAUAUGCAAACAUGAAAAACAAAACAAUCCUGAUGGUGGGAGAAACUGGAACAGGCAAGACCACUCUGAUCAACACCAUGGUCAAUUACUUUCUGGGGGUGAAUUUUGAGGAUAAAGUGUGGUUUGAGAUCACAGAAGAAGAAAAGAGAGCUCAAACAGAAUCUCAGACAUCAGAAGUCACUGUUUAUGAGAUCAAUUCUGAGGAGAAACGCUCCUCUCUUACCAUUAUUGACACUCCAGGUUAUGGAGACACCAGGGGAAUAGAUAAGGACACUGAAAUUGCUCGAAACUUACAUGAAUUAUUUCUACAUGGUACUGGAGUGAAGGAUCUUGAUGCCGUGUGUCUUGUACUGAAAGCAUCUCAGAACAGAAUCUCCGGGAUACAGCGCUACAUUUUUGAAUCUGUUCUGUCCUUAUUUGGUAAAGACAUAGAGGACAUUAUAGUGCUGUUUAUUACACACUCAGAUGGAGGACCACCAACAAAUGUUCUGCAAGCCAUCAAGACAGAAAAGGUCCCCUGUUGUCACGAUGAUGAGAAUGAACCUGUUCAUUUUCUAUUCAACAACCGUCAGUCUGAGGAAAGGACCAAAAGAUACGAGUAUGUUUACAAAUCAUCUUGGGAAAUGGCAGCAGGUAGUAUUGGGGAAUUUUUUGAAUUCCUAAAAUCACGACAGAGAAAAAGCUUGAAUAUGACUGUAAGUGUUCUAAACGAGCGCACGCAGCUUGAGGCCUGUGUUGAGAGUCUGAAGAAAAGCAUCAAGUUCAGGGAAGCAAAACAGAAAGAACUGACUGAAGUUCAGGAUCUUCUGAAACUGAACAAAGAAAUGAUUGAGAAGGACGAAAAAUUUACUUUCACUGUCAAAAUAGCUUACAAAGAGAAGAUCAACAUUAUAGGUGCUUCAUGGCAGAGCAAAAAAGUGACCUCCUGCAAAGAAUGUGAGGAGAACUGUCAUGAGUAUGGCUGCUGGCUUGCCACAAAUGCCAAAAAGUGCGAAGUUAUGGAAGAUAAUUACUGCACUGUGUGUAUGUGCCACUACUCCACACACGUCAGAGAGGGCAGGAAAUAUGUGGAGAGGUGGAGAGAGGAAAGAGUCACAUUUGCUCAACUGAAGAAGAAAUAUGGUAAUACAGAUGAAGAAAAAGCCAGUUAUGAUAAAAGUGCAUUGAAACAUGUGGAAACAGGGCAUAGACAAUCGCUGAAAAUGAGAGAACAGAUGACAAAGCUGGAAAACAGCCUGAAAAACCUUCUAGACAAAAAUGAAGUGGAGAGGAAGAGCUUGGUGAAAGACACCUAUGUGGCAAUCGUAAAAUUGUCUGAGACUGCGUUAAAACCAGACUCUGCCUUCACCAUUCAGUACCUUGACUUCCUGAUUCCUCGAGUUGAAGAAGCUGGAUCUGCAGACUGGCUUCAGAAACUGAAGAACAUGCAGAGAGAAGCCAAAGCAUCAACUAAAUCUGCAGUGGGGUAUUUAAGUAGGAUGAAUAAGGGCCCUCAGAAAGCUGCAGACAAAGCAUCAACUAACUCUGCAGCGGAGUUAACAAGUAGCAGGAAUGAAGGCACACAGACAGCUGCAGCCGAAGAAGCAACUUCCUAUGAAGUGGGGCACGUGAGGAGGAUGAGGCAUUUCUUUACUGAAUUUUUUCAGAAUAUCUAGCACACUCGUAGGCGGACUCUUUGUAACCUGAAAAAGUUCUUGUUACAGCAUGAGUAGGUUGAUAAAGUCACAUGUUUUCUCAGCAUUGCAAAGCUCUUUGUUAUUUUUAAAUUAUACCUUUAAGUGCAUUUAUGAGAAAAGAUAAGAUUUGCUAUUAUGCUUUUUUUAUUAUUAUUAUUCAGUUACAUUUUAAAUCAAUGAUAUUUCAAUAGCACAUUAAGGUUUGGACCUCAGUAGUUUUAGAAUGUUUUUUUUUUUUCUUCACAGGCAUUACAGACCUACCCAAUCAAAUGGGCAUAAAUCACUAUGCUGCAAUUUUUGUAAAUAACAAAAUAUGAUUUGUUUUGUGUGAGCACUGCAUUAUGGUCAAUCAAACAGAAAAUCUGCCAAGCUUUGUCUUAUUUAUGCAUUUACUUAUACUUACUUUACUUAUAUAGCUGUGUGGUCCAAUGGUGAUUAAACUUGCAUUAAACUAUCAUUGAACAAAAGAAUGUGGUAGCUUCAGGUACGUUGAAAUUGCUUCCAAGGAUUUACCAUACUUGUGGAGGACCACAGUUUUUCUGAUUUCUGACUGAUUUGAUUUUCCCUGUCUUGAAAGCAGACCUUAAAAUACUACCAAAUUAUCUCAAAUGAUGUCAAUUAGCCUAUCACAGGCUUCUAAAGUCUUGAUAUAAUUUUCUGGAAUUUUCCAAGCUAUUUAAAGGCACAGUCAACUUGGUGUACGCAAACUUCUGACCCACUGGAAUUCUGAUAUAAUUCAUUAUAAGUGAAAUAAUUGGUUUGUAAACAUUUGUUGACCCCGCGACCCUGACGGAGAUGCGGCUUGGAAAAUGGAUGGAUGGACAUUUGUUGAAAAAAUUGCUUGUGUCAUGUAUAAAGUAGAUAUCCUAUAUAACUUGUUAAAACUAUAGUUUGUUGGCAUGGAACCUAUGGAGGGGAUACAUUUGAAUGAUUUUAGCCUUAGUGUAUGUACAUUUGUGACUGACUGUAUAUAUUUUAUAUGCUGUAUCCUCUAGAUUUCUGCUUUCAACCUGUUUUCAGAAAUUAGUGUAUGUGACUGCGAAUGUGGUAGAACAAGCAUAGAGGUUUCGGAUCAAAUUGGCCAAACUUACUGUCCUUAGAAUAGCAGCAUGUACCUUUAUAUUACUGUUACUUGUAUAUAACCUUGACUAGAUUUAUUACAGGACAAUCAGUUUGGGCCAGUCUAGCAUAAAAAUACUCUCUGUAAUCUGUAUGCUCUCCUGCCUAUAGCUGGGAGAAAGAUAAAGUAUUAAACAACUGUAAUAAAGCCAGCUUUCAUCAGAA